CUCAUCGCCGCAGUGUGUUUGGAACUCCGUUUGAUUCAAAGCACGAGAGAGGUUAGUGUCGGUUUCUUCUUCAUCAGAAAUGACAGAAUCAAAGGUUGUAGUUCCGGAGUCAGUCCUGAAGAAGAGGAAGAGAGAGGAGGAGUGGGCUCUGGCGAAGAAGCAGAACUCUGAAGCAGCCAAGAAGACGAACGCCGCCAACAGGAAGCUUAUCUACAAAAGGGCCGAGCAGUACGCCAAGGAGUAUGCCGAGAAGGAGAAGGAGUUGAUCUCUUUGAAACGCGAGGCUAAGCUUAAAGGAGGUUUCUAUGUUGACCCUGAAGCUAAGCUCUUGUUCAUCAUCCGUAUUCGUGGUAUCAAUGCUAUUGACCCGAAGACAAAGAAAAUUCUUCAGCUCUUGCGUUUGAGACAGAUAUUCAACGGUGUCUUUCUCAAAGUCAACAAGGCUACAAUGAACAUGCUUCGUCGUGUUGAGCCCUAUGUGACCUACGGGUUCCCUAACUUGAAGAGUGUUAAGGAAUUGAUCUACAAGAGAGGAUACGGAAAGCUCAACUCCCAGAGGGUUGCUUUGACUGACAACUCUAUCGUAGAGCAGGCUUUGGGUAAACAUGGGAUCAUCUGCGCUGAGGACUUGAUCCACGAGAUUCUAACAGUUGGACCUCAUUUCAAGGAGGCUAACAACUUCCUGUGGCCAUUCCAGCUCAAGGCACCGCUCGGUGGACUGAAGAAGAAGAGGAAUCACUACGUUGAAGGUGGUGAUGCUGGAAACCGUGAAAACUUCAUCAAUGAGCUUAUCAGGAGGAUGAAUUAGAGAUGUCUUGUUUUCCAUUCUCGAGUCUUAUGAUCUCUUUGUUUUCACUACUCCUGGAUUUUGCUAUUUUUGUUAGUCAAGACAUUUUGAGCUCUCUUUGGAUCUUAGUUUGCGAGACUGCGAGUAUUUGUACGCUUUCUUUUUUAAGAAAUAGUUCUACUUUAUUUAUUAAA